AAACGAGAGGAGCAGACUAAGAACAUUUCACACAAAGCAAUAUACAGCUAGAAAGGAAAAUUGUAUGUCGACUUAGAGGAAUUUUGACUUCUCAGCAAACUUGAGCUCAGACAUGGCGUUUCCUGCUAAAAUCCGUGCCGAAAGCAUUGCAACUCUACACUUUCUCCAUCCUAUUCCCGCCCAGCCGUUGUCCAAUCCAGUGACGAGCAUUCAAUGUCGGAGGGAAGACUAUACCUUAUCCUUUGAAAAGGAGCGCAGCCUUUGCAGUACACUCGCUUUUCUUGCGUAUGCAAAAGAUGAUAAUAACAAUAUCCCAGCAAUAUGUUUGGAAGAGGGUACUGGGGCCGCAUAUUUGAACGUUCUGCUUGCCAUAAAUAAAUUCGGGCAUAACAGAGGAAACCUGGUUCUUGAGAGAUUGAAGACGGAAUUUGAGAGGAUUUUUUCUCUCCUUUCUCACGCGGACGAUACCACAUUGGGCGUGGAGAAUGAUGUAUUCAAAGCCAUCAUUGCUAUGUGUUCAGCUCGGAUCCUUUACCGCUUAGGUCUUAUUCAACAUCCCAAGAAAAUUCAAAGGCGGUCAAUUAAAGAAAACCUCCAAGCUACUUUGGAGUAUCUAAGACAGAAUGCAAACCACAGGCACGAACCUUCAUCCCCCCGAUACUCAUUCAUCGACAAAACAAAGGAAGUAAUAAAGCUUGCCGACUCUUGGAACAAGCACCAAACGCAGUCUGAGUUAGAGAAGCUAGUUGAUAGCAUUCGUCACCUACAACAAGUCAGGGGCUUCCAUGAUUUGAUCAACGCAAUACCCAAUAGAGCUAUGGACCCAAGCUCAAGGGCCCGUCUCAUAAAUAUAAUAAGGAAAGUCGCACGAUACCGUGAAGCAGCUAGGUUGCUAUACCGGACUGCUAAAAAGACUCCCAUAGCCCGCAAAAUGCGUCUCGUGCUUGUUUCAUUACCUCAAAAGGUGUUCGAUAAAGAUUUAAGCAGUGACUACAUGCCGGAUCUUAGCAAUACUCUCCCACUAAUUGAUGAGCUUAAGAAUGAAAAGGGUCUAGAGCAAGUCUUCCGUUUAUUGAAUACCACCGAGGAACAGGCAAAAAUACAGUUCAUUGCCCAAACACAGAAGACUUUGCGGGAGGCGAGAAUCCAUGCCGAAAUCCAGCUCCUUUAUUACUGCGAGUUCCAUAUGUCGCCCAAUGCACAUAUGCCUCGAGUCGUAUGCUCAAGCAAAGAUGCUUGUUGGCUAUGCAACGAGUUUAUUCUCAUGUAUGAGAAGAUCCACACACCUAAAUGUCAUGGGAAGCUGUAUCCCGGGUGGCGACUACCGACAUCGUGCGGGCCCAAGUAUCAUGAUUUGGUAACGAGAUUUAACAUGCGGCUUCAAGGCCAUAUUAAGAAUGGUCUGGAAACAUUAUUUGCGAGAAGGGAGAAGACUGUGUAUCCUGACCCGAACGAGAGCACUUUACUCACAUUGCCUUGGUCGUCCUCGACACUGCCCACUCUGACAUCUUUCUCUUUAGACGCAUCAGAAACUUCAAGUACCGUGAACAAGAAUCCGCAAAAGAUUGCACUUCCCUCCGAAGAAGCACCAACUCAUGAGUCUGCACUAGCUGAUGAUGAGGAGGGCAAGAAAACGCCAGUAGAGGCGGAAGAAAUAGCACACGAGGGUUCUUCCCAUUUAAGCAGAGAAACGAGUAGCGUUCCGGAAAGCCCGGACAAAAUAAGAACAACAGUGGCUUCGAGCUCUUUAGAGAGCAAUUUGAUACUCGAACCAGGUAAGGUCAUGUCAAGACAAGUUGGGGUCGGAAAGGCUUCUUCACUAUAUAAAGCAGGUCCCCUAGAAAUACAGAUCGAAUAUGCCGAAAAUUCAAGCCAAGAGUCGCGAGGUGGACACCGGAAGAAACUCUCAUAUGCUGUGGAAUGGCUGGCAUCUGAGGAGGUCGAGAGGCUGCGAAAUGGGCAAGAGAAUCUUGUUAUUGACGCGGCGUCUUUUGAAGGUGAGAUAGAGCACAGUACGGACAGAAAUGGGUGUGUGUACAUUUCUAACGGCGAUGCCGUGGUGAAAAUCUUCAUGCAGCCGGUGGCUAUGAAGCAAGGCUCGGAACAACUAAAUACACCCACGAGAUGAUCCCUUCGUGUAUUAGUAUAAUAUACUUCUAAAAAAUUGCCAUGUGCGUGUAGUUGUUCCGAGCCUUGCUACGAAGUAACGACAUCUCAUAUCCCCUUUAGGCAGUAGCCAGGUUACGAUUCUUCCGACUACGCGGUCUACUAAUAUUCCUCCAAGGCGUCAAGGACAUACCCGGCGAUAAGUUCUGGCAGAAGGCGGACUACAUUAGAGAGAAUGAGGGUAUGUUUAACCAUAGAGAUACCGGCUUUGAUAAAUUCCACGUUUUGCGACAACUCUUUGCCAAAGAAAAAGAAGGCAUUUGAGUGGGCAAUAGCCCUGCAGAAUAGGGGGGUAUUAGCUUAUUAUAUAUUUGG